AUGAAUUCUCAACUUCCGAAUAGAGAGCGAGCGGUAUCUAGCGAUAGAGUCGAGGCUGCGCCCGUCCCGCAGAGACCGGGGCUCCCCAACCGCACCAUCUCCGCUCCCGUUGGGGGCCUAUAUAAGCUCGAUUCGACCAGAAUGGCCAUGGACUCGGUCAAAACGGAGCGGACUCUGGUGGAGGAAGAUGAAUCAUCGCCCUCGGUGGGAGGGAACAGAACCUCAUCCGCUCCCCCGGGUGAAGAACCCGCCCCGAAACCGAAUUUUCCACACGUGAGCAUCGCCGUGGUUGGCCCAGACCAUGUGGGUAAAUCGACUUUCAUUGAAAGCGCACUGGAUAUGAAACACUCGCUCUCAUCCCGGGCAACGACAAAAAAGAUGUCCCUUGAUGGGACGGUUUACCUUGUUCGGUUACUGGAGAUUGAUACACUGGAGAUCUCGAUUGGAAGCAAUGGUGACAUCCAAUGGCCAAAAUUAGGAGGCGAUUCACCUCCUUCCGUGGACGGUGUGCUUGUUCUCCACGACGUCACACAGCCCGGGAGCCUUUCCAACAUCAAAGGACUGCUAGCCUCUCUGGACGCCUCAUCCAUACCUUUUCGACUGGUCGCAAGUAAAUGCGACAUUCAACCGCCCCAUGGUCUACUUGAGCCAGUCUUAGAUGGCUAUGAGAUCCUCCGCACCUCCCCCGAUUCGCCACGGUCGCAGAAAAUGUGCAUCGCUCUGGUUCUGCGAUCAGUCAUCAGCGAAAGGAAUGCUGACGAGCACUCUUCUGACAAGACGGUCACACCGGGCUGGCGUCAUAGCCGUGCCAACUCAGAAAACCCCACAGCCAUGUUCUCGGGGGCCGCAGGCGGCCCAAUAACAGGAGCUCUGGACUCGGGGAUCGAUGGGUACGGUGUAGAUCGUCAACUGACCGACUCAACCGCCUCUAAUGGCCAGGGCCCACGCUAUGCCCGAAGCAAUUCUCAACCUCUACGACCUCACACGCCUCCCUCGGGACGACUCAACCAGCGCAAGCAAUCCAUCCCGGGAGAGUCAUCGCCCGGCAAGGACUUUAACCGACAACAUCGACUUCAUGCCGCCUGGCGCAACAGUGGCGGAUCGGACGCUUUCAGUAGCUUCAUCGAAAUGGGGGAAGAGAUAGACGGGCCCCGAAGUAUUCCUUCGAGUCCUGGAAGCAAAGACAAAACACCGAGUGAGAGCUCUUCCAAUGAGAACGGCUUCACUUUCGAGGAGCUGGUAGACCGGCUGGUCGCACAGCCGAUGUCGAAGCAUGACUCCAAGUUUGCAUCCAUCUUCCUGUGCUUGUACCGCAAAUUCGCCGCCCCUUCCUCCUUAUUGACCGCCUUGAUCAACCGGUUUGAGCGAAACGAGCGAGAGAUUUCGGAUCAGCUUACGCGCAUUGCCGAUCAAUUGAGACUGCUAACCGUCAUGGCUCAGUGGGUGUCGGAGUACCCGGGUGACCUGGUUUAUCCCAAAACGCAGAAACGGAUUGCCGAGUUUGUUGCCAACCUCGAGAAAAGCCAUUUCUACAUGUUUGCUGCCAAAGAGAUUGGGUCUUAUCUUGAGGCCAACGCGGAAGAUGAUAAUAUCGGGUGGCCGUUCAGAGAUGGCGAGGUCGAAGAGGUCGAAGCAACCGAGCCCGCUUUUCAGUAUUCGGGUCGAAGCUCCCCGUCGAUCUUCCUCGGACCCCCUCCGCUGAGCGAUGUGGGUGAUGAAGAGGAAGAGGAUCCUAUCUACAGUAUGAGUGCGUUGGACCUCAGUGAGGGCGCACUUGAGUCAGGGUCGAGGAUGUCUGCGUCCAUGUCGAAUUCUUUCACCGCCGAAAAGCCCGGGACUGUGGCAAGUCAGUCGUUUACGGCCCUGAACAUCGACUCGGCCCAGAAGGAGGCUCGGCACUUAGAUUUGACACCCCGCGUGCCGUUGACGAAGGUGCAAUGGCGACAAUUCAUGGAAAUUCCUGAUGAAGAUUUUGCUCGUGAAUUGACGCGCAUUGAUUGGAUUAUGUUCAACUCCUUCCGACCACGAGACCUCGUCCGUCAUGUUAGCAUCACCGGUGCCGACAAGGACAAAAUCCACAGCCUGAAGAACGUCAAUCGAAUGAUCAAACAGUUUAACCACGUGGCAUGCUUCGUUGCGAGCGUCAUUCUCCUCCGGGACAAGCCUAAACACCGGGCCAAGGCGCUGGAGAAGUUCAUGAACAUCGCAUUUAAACUCCGACGACUGAACAAUUAUAACUCCCUUGGGGCUGUCAUUGCCGGGAUCAAUGGAACCCCGGUACACCGACUCUCGCAGACUCGGGAGUUGGUGCCGACGCAAACGCAAAAGGACUUCAUGAGGCUGGUCAUCCUCAUGGGAACACAGAAGAGCCACUUCGCCUACCGCCUGGCAUGGGACAACUCAUUCGCAGAGCGAAUCCCGUUCCUGCCGUUGCACCGACGUGAUCUGGUUUCGGCGGAGGAAGGAAACAAGACAUUUGUGGGUGAUAUGAAGACCCGAAUCAAUUGGCGCAAGUUCGAGGUGAUGGGCGAAGUGGUGCUGGGGAUCCAACGGAGCCAAAAGACACCCUAUCCACACCUGGCGCGAUUUGACGAAGUGACGCGGCUGAUUUUAGACAUCAAGCUGUCUGGUGAUGACGAGGAUUUGUAUACACGCAGUAUGCAGGUCGAGCCCUCCGCUGGCGGUGACACCGGACGGAAGAAGUUUGGCUGGUUGCGGUCCUAA